UUCUCGUACCUUGGCCGCAUCAAAUCUUCUUCUUGCAGGUACAACGCAAGGUUCCUCUUAUUACGCCCACCCACCACCGCUCUCACUGUAGACGGCGACCAUGGGCUCCAAAUAUGGCACCAUAGUCAUGGGCCCGGCGGGCGCGGGCAAGACGACCUUCUGCGCCGCCAUGAUCCAAUACCUCAAGAACAACCGCCGCUCGUGCUUCUACAUCAACCUGGAUCCGGCCGCCGAUGACUUCGCCUACGAACCGGAUGUCGACAUCAAGGACCUGAUCACGCUCGAAGAUGUCAUGGAAGAGCUGCACCUGGGCCCCAAUGGUGGCUUGAUCUACUGCUUCGAGUUCCUCCUUGACAACCUCGAAUUCAUCACCGACCCGCUCCAAGACGUGGGCGAAGAGUCACUGAUCAUCAUUGAUAUGCCGGGACAGAUCGAGCUGUAUACCCACGUGCCCAUCGUGCCGAAGCUGAUCAAAGAGCUGCGAGGUGGCAGCUUGAAUGUCAGCAUGUGCGCUGCCUAUUUACUCGAAAGCUCCUUUAUCGUCGAUCGCGCCAAGUUCUUCUCCGGCACCUUGAGCGCUAUGAGUGCGAUGAUCAUGAUGGAGUUGCCGCACGUCAACAUUCUCAGUAAAAUGGACCAGAUCAAGGGUCAAGUCGCGAGAAAAGAGCUCAAGCGAUUCAUCGAUCCAGACACGAGCCUGUUACAGGAUGCGCCCGAGAGCGGCUUGGUGUAUGAAUUCAAAGAGGGUGUAGACAACGGUGAUCCCGAGGAUGUGAGUGUCAUGGCAAAGGACUCCUUUGCCAGGCUGAACCGAGCCGUCGGGCAACUCAUCGACGACUUCAGCCUGGUGUCUUUUCUCAAGCUUGACGCGCAAGACGAAGAUAGCGUGGGCGCUGUUCUGAGCUACAUCGACGACGCUAUCCAGUUCCACGAGGCCCAAGAGCCACGCGAACCAAACGACGAACUGAACGAUGCCGAUAUGGGCUGAAGCCAAUGUGCCUGAGACCACACUGUGCAGUAGUGCGCUCAUCACAUGCGGAGACUCCACAAGCGCAAUGAUGGACUGCUCCAGGACAGGAGUGACUCGCAUUACUAACACUAUGGAUAGUGCCCAUACAAUCACGUAUGGCCUAUCCCGCUCUUGUUGGAUCUUCGACAGAUUGAGCUGUUGCGAGGCUUAUGCGCCACCCAGGGUGCAACACAGCGUCCUCACUGGCUGUCAAAGAACGUGUCUGGGACGGGAAUGUGGGUUCUGCGCCUCACUAUGAAAGUUUGAUGCGAGAGUCUACGAACAUGGAAUUGAUCAUGGCUUUUCCCAUCAAGAAUAAAUCGAGUAACCACACUGUUACCAGGAGGAGGAUCAUGGCGACAGAAACCCAAAGGAUAGCGUUGCUCUCCAACUCUUGCCCAAGGUAUAUCGUACUGAUCGUGAAGCCCACGUUUGGGAAGACAACAGCUACGGCAAUGUCAGCUUUAGCAUUGUGCAUCUCAUGAGGUCAACUCACUCCAUGCAGAGUUGUGCCAACUCAAACCCAGCUUCCAUCUCCCGUCCUCCUUCCUGAACACCGUGGCCAUUGUGAUCAUGAAAGCUAGCAGGAAGACGAAGAAGGUGAAUAACCAGAGAAACACCCCCACCCAAGUUGCCAAGAUCAGAACUACUUCGCCUGCAGUCGGAUGCGUAGCAAAGUACCCAUAACCCAUUGGCGCAGCUCUCGCAAUGCUAAUGAGAGCCACGAUGGUAAAGCUCGAAGUCCCCACCAUGAUGAAAAGUCCCGUCCUCAGAUUCACCAUGGGCCAACCAUUCUCCAACAAAUUCCCAAUGGUAAAGGUCAGGAAAAUCACACACAUGAUCCACCCCAAGCCUUGAUAUGCCACUCCCGCGACCAUGAUGGGCAAUCUCUGAUCCGGAGGUUGAUCACCCGCAAUAUCCCCCGCCACCGUGCCCGUGAGCAUGGCAUUCAAAAUCAGAAUAAACGCCGCCGCCGGAAACUCGACCGCUUUGACCGGCACCCAUCGCGCAAUCACCACCAUGUGCACAGAAGCACUGAGCAGCGACACAGCCGCAUACAUCCAAAACAACACACGCACCGUCACCAGCAUCCACGCACCCGUGUGCGGCACGGCAAAUUUCUGCAUAUUCAAAAUCAUCGUCGCCAGCGUCAACCAGAAAGAUCCGAAAAAGAAACAUUCGGGCCGUGUGGUGAAACUGCGUCGGAUGCUGGCCGGGUCGCGAGUCCACCGGAUGAGGAGGAAAGUGCAGAAUAGAAGAAAGAGGAAGAUGUUGAAGAGGAAAAUUAUGGUUCCGAGAGUGAGAAUUCCUGAGAAUGGUUUGGGACAGGCGGAGAGGGUGGUGGCGAUUCCACCGGUGGAUUGCGUACAUGUGAACCAGGACCAGUUGAAGUUUGCGGUUAUCCAGUCGAGGAGGGGAAGGCGAUGUUUUUGGUUUUGUUGUUGUCGUUGUGAAGAGGAGGACGGGGAGGUGUCUUUGUUAUUGGCAACUGUGGCGGUGAUGCCAUUGCUGUUGUUGUUGUGGUCGUUGCGUUCGUUGUUGAUAAUGAUAUUCUCAUUAGAAGACGACAACGAAGGUGGAUUUGAACUUGUUGUAUUCUGAUCAUUCCUACUAUCAUGUGAGGAUUCUCCUUCGACAGCUUGUCUCUCCAGGUCCUUAUCGUAUUGGAUUGAACCCUGGUCAUGGUCGGACAUUGUCC